CACGCCCCGUGCCCUCGAGUGCGAGCCAAUCGUUGCUCGGCGCCCGAAGGGGCAGUAGCCGCGCGAGCCAUUGAACAUGGCGGAGGACGCCUCCUCAGCGGCACCAAGCCCGCGGGGCUGUGCGGAUGGUAGGGAUGCCGACACUACCGAGGAGCAGAUGGCAGAAACGGAGACAAACGACGAGGAGCAGUUCGAGUGUCAGGAACUGCUCGAGUGCCAGGUGCAGGUGGGGGCCCCCGAGGAGGAGGAGGAGGACGCGGGCCUGGUGACCGAGGCCGAGGCCGUGGCUGCCGGCUGGAUGCUCGAUUUCCUCUGCCUCUCUCUUUGCCGAGCUUUCCGCGACGGCCGGUCAGAGGACUUCCGCCGGACCCGCAACAGCGCCGAGGCUAUUAUUCAUGGACUAUCCAGUCUAACAGCUUACCAGUUGAGAACGAUAUACAUAUGUCAGUUUUUGACAAGAAUUGCAGCAGGAAAAACCCUUGAUGCACAGUUUGAAAAUGAUGAACGAAUUACACCCUUGGAAUCAGCCCUGAUGAUUUGGGGUUCAAUUGAAAAGGAGCAUGACAAACUUCACGAAGAAAUACAGAAUUUAAUUAAAAUUCAGGCUAUAGCUGUUUGUAUGGAAAAUGGCAACUUUAAAGAAGCAGAAGAAGUCUUUGAAAGAAUAUUUGGUGAUCCAAAUUCUUAUAUGCCUUUCAAAAGCAAAUUGCUUAUGAUAAUCUCUCAGAAAGAUACAUUUCAUUCCUUUUUUCAACACUUCAGCUACAACCACAUGAUGGAGAAAAUUAAGAGUUAUGUGAAUUAUGUGCUAAGUGAAAAAUCGUCAACCUUUCUAAUGAAGGCAGCAGCAAAAGUAGUAGAAAGUAAAAGAACAAGAACAAUAACUUCUCAAGAUAAACCUAAUGGUAAUGAUGUUGAAAUGGAAACUGAAGCUAAUUUGGAUACAAGAAAAAGUGUUAGUGACAAACAGUCUGCGGUAACUGAAUCCUCAGAGGGUACAGUAUCCUUAUUGAGGUCUCACAAGAAUCUUUUCUUAUCUAAGUUGCAACAUGGAACCCAGCAACAAGACUUUAAUAAUAAGAAAGAAAGAAGAAUAGGAACUCUUCAAAGUACAAAAAAGAAAAAAGAAAGCAGAAGAGCCACUGAAAGCAGAAUACCUGUUUCAAAGGGUCAACCGGUAACACCUGAAAAACAUCGAGCUAGAAAAAAACAGGCAUGGCUUUGGGAAGAAGACAAGAAUUUGAGAUCUGGCGUGAGGAAAUAUGGAGAGGGAAACUGGUCUAAAAUACUACUGCAUUAUAAAUUCAACAACCGGACAAGUGUCAUGUUAAAAGACAGAUGGAGGACCAUGAAGAAACUAAAACUGAUUUGCUCAGACAGUGAAGACUGAUUGUGUUUGUAAAAACUUGAUGAAAGGACAGUUAAGUAUUUUGAUCACUGCAUUUUGUUUGAAACUUGCGUCAUUUAUGUAUUUUAAAACUUUUGUUUAAAGCAUUACAGUAUUUUUCUGUGACCAAUUAUUAUGAGGGUUUGUGCUACAAGAGUUAAAGCAUAUGCUAUCAUUGUAUUCUUUAAGAACCUUAUUUUGAUAAAAUGUAAAUUUGUUGAACUCUGCCACAUUUAGUAUCCCCACCCCCAAAUCCUGUUCCAAUGAAAAAACUAAAACAUGAUCCAAAAAAAAAAAAAUUUCAGUUAACCUAUUUUGUGUCUCUAGGCUGACUUCAGCCCUGUAACAUAACCCAUUAAAAUGAAUUUUCUUUUUUUUUUUUUAAGACAGAGUCUCUGUCGCCCAGGCUGGAGUGCAAUGGCGUAAUUUCAGCUCACUGCAACCUCUGCCUCCCAGAUUCAAAUGAUUCUCCUGCCUCAGCCUCCUGAGUAGCUGGGAUUACAGGCACACACCACCACGCCCAGCUAAUUUUUGUAUUUUUAGUAGAGACAGGGUUUCACCAUGCUAGUCAGGAUGGUCUUCAACUCCUGACUUCAUGAUCUGCUCACCUCAGCCUCCCAAAGUGCUGAGAUUACAGACGUGAGCCACUGUGUCCUGCCUAAAAUGAAUUUUCUAGAUGAUUGAAUAACAAUAGCCCUUUGAUAUGAGAUAAUGACUUGUUUUAUGGCCUUAAUAUACUACUUAAUUACUUAAGAUGUUUAUUAAUAGAAUGAUAAAUGUACAAAGUAACCUAUAAACAUGACAUACUUUUGCUUUCAGUAGUUUCAUGUAAAUAAAAAAACUUGAAAAUAGUAAUACCUGAGGACCCAUGGGAACAGUAGACACUGGAGAGGUAGGGUGGGGAGCGGGAGGAAAAGCUGAAAAACUACCUACUGGGUACUCUGCUCACUACCUGGGUGACAGGAUCAUCUGUACCCCAAACCUCAGCAUUACACAGUAUACCCAGCUAACAAACCUGCCCAUGUGUUCCCUGAAUCUAAAAGAAAAAUCGAAAUGAUUUUUUUAAAAAAGAAAAAGACAAUAAUAUUACCCAUGGUACAAAAUUUGUACUAUUAGCAAGAUCAUUUUGUGUCGCAUUUAGAAACAAUUUGACUUUUGCUCAGUGUUUAAACUUUGACAAAAAUGGUUUUGAAUAGAUCUUUAUAACCUAAUGCCAUAAAUACAAGAAUCUCUGAUACCUUCAUUUAAUAUAUCAAUAUUGGGCCUAAAACAGUAUUCCGCAAAGCUUAAAUUGGUAUUAACUAUGAUCAUCUUGAUGUCUAUGAUAGAUAAUAAACAAUGUCAUAUAUACCUAACUAAGCAAUUUUAGUUUUUUGCCAUUUUAUUCUUUAAAAGAUUUAGACUAACAGAAUUAUUUAGCAUUUUGAGUUAUGUGCUUUAUUUAGCAAGUAAGUAAAAAUAUUGGAAUAUUGAAGUAUUUGCAUAAAAAAUCAAAUGGUAGUGUUUCGUAAUCUCUAUUGUAUUUCCUAUUAAGGUUUCAUAUAUUACUUUCCCAUUGUUCCUGAAUUUGUUAUCCUAUAUAUAAACAGAAACAUGGAUGAGUA